ACCAACGCGCAGCACUAUCCUAAACAUGGCGCCUAGAGUGUAUGUAGUUAUACAGCAGUUGACAUCACACACAACAUUACACAUGGCUUAGAAUUUAUUUUCACUUGCACACACACACACACGCACACACACACACACACGCACACACACACACACACACACACAUACACCUAUUUAUUUUUGUGUUAUCAUCUAUCAUUUGUCCAGCAAUAACAAAUAACUCUCAACUUCCUGACGACGACUCUAGACAUAUAUCUAUAUAUAUAUUUUGCCGAUCUAAAUAAAAAUAAAAGAACCGGCUCGUAAAAUGGAGACCGUAAACGUCAAAGUUGAUGCAAGUAUCCUGAACCUCGUAAAAAUAGUCUGCCCGUCAGCUGAAGAAUUGAGUGUAAUUAUAAAUAAUGUGAGGUGCAAUCAGUGUGGGCUCGUAUUUCAGAACGAGUCCCGAUUUCGUCUUCAUGACUUGAAAGUACACCAGCGUAAAAAUUUGGACAAAAUAGCCAAGGAGUCUAUCAAGUAUCACUGUCCCGAGGUAUCUUGUAUUUAUUCUACUACUUCUCAACGAUACUUUACAACGAUGAAGUACUUAAAACAGCAUUACCUGAAAGUUCAUGCUGCUAAAACUUUCUCGUGUACGCAGUGUGAUAAAAGUUUUUCAACAGAAGCUGCUAAAGUCGCGCACAUCAGAGUCUGCGGUUUGGAGUUUACCUGCAGUUGUUUUAAAAAUUUUUCUACUUACGAGGCACUUUUAACUCAUGCUAAAAGACAGUCUCAUUCUUUUGAUGAGAAGUAUAAAAAUUUGCUCAGAAGAGCUUCCACAAAGAAUCUUCCAGUGGUACAAAUCUGUAAAGUACAGAAAAAGUUACCAGUAUUUAUUCGUCCAUAUCAAGAAAGUAAUCACAGAGUCCAAGAAUCAAAAGUAAUAAAAGACACAAGAGACAUGGCAAUUCAGACUGAUGAUUUAAAGAAAGUCAGACGAAUUUUAAGCCCUUCAAAGUCUAACAAACGCCGAGAGUCUCGACAGACACAGACUAAUUGUUUGCUCAAAGAAAAGCGCAGUAGGAAGACUGUAGAGACUCAAACUUCUGUUGGAAGUGUCAAAGAGCUCAAAAAAUUAAGCAUUAAUAAGAAGCAAAAUCUUCCUAAGAAGGAGUUGCAAUUUAAUAAUAAUAAUAACAACAACAACAAUAAUAAUAAUAAUAAUAAUGAUGAUGAUAAUAAUGAAGGGACAUUUAGCAGUGAUUUAUUCUCUGACUCCCUGCCGUUAAACGGGAUGCAGGAAUUAUGGCCAGUAAGAAGCCCCGAGUCGAAGGUAGAGAAGAAUAUAAUUGAUGAUUUAUACGACAACGUCACCCAGACAGACAUCCUUCCGUUCUACCAAGAGGACAGCAUCACCCAGCUGAACUCCAAGAACUCGCUGUUCUCAGCGACGAGGAUCUCGAGGUCAGACCCGAUGCUGACGGAAGAAAUCAAUGAUAAAUUCAGCAGCAUUGAGACCCAGACUGACCGCCCGUACCUGGACUCAAUCUUCGACCCCGAGCCGAACUACUCGAGGCCUUACGCCGUCAGCUCGAACAACGAGACCCAGACUACUCAGGAGUUCGACGACAUAAAGAGUCUUCUUUACAGUAAUAUGUGCACGCAAACGUGCUACGAUAUUCUACACCCCGACCUGGGGCUCUCUGACACCCAGACUCAGACCGCUUGGUCUGAGGAGCUCGAUGUCGAGUCUUCCGGUCACGAUAAAUCCUCCAUUAUCGCUUGUCGCUCCUGGCUCAGCACACAAACUAGUCAUACUGAAACUCAGACAGAUCUUCUUAAUAUAUUUGAUGAGUUACAAUAAUUACUUUUAUUUUUUUAAAUAUUAUUUAAUUAACUAGCAACCUUGCAGUCACUCUGUGACUGCCGUGACUAGUGUAAUAUAAAUAAAUAAAAUUUUGGUUUAUU